CCGACUCCUCGACAGCCUGUACCUAGACCCCGGGGUGGGGGCAGCGGCUGGCGGAGCCGGCUUUUUAGUAGCGUAGGAGUCAGUGGUUCCGAGUUUAGGAAAUGAAUCACAAAGCUAAGAAACGAAUAAAAGAAGCAAAGCGCAGUGCUCGCCCCGAGUUAAGGGAUUCUUACGACUGGACUAAACACAACUACCAUGAAAGUUUCUCUUUAUCCUUGAGCACUGUCAAGGGUUGGUCAUCAGGCUUGCUGGAGAUGUGGAGGAUAUGCUGGGCCUUGAGGUUACAGAUUGUGGUGUAUGCAAUUAUAGUUAUUGAGGUCCAUGACACAAUGGAGGGUGUUCUCAGUGUAAAGAUAGUUGGCCUUCCAAAGGAAUUGUGCAGUGGUCUCUCCUCCAAAGCUGCUAUGGACAAAUCUGCAACAGAUAGACUAGUAAAGGACAAUGUAGAAAGGAUAGAUGCCCUCCAUACAUCGGUUGAAGAAUUCAUUGAGAAAUAUGAAAAACCAUAUAAGCCUGUGGUGGUGUUAAAUGCUGAACAUGGGUGGGCAGCACAUGAAAAGUGGACGCUGGAGCGAUUAAAGCGCAAGUAUAGAAAUCAGAAAUUUAAAUGUGGGGAAGACAAUGAUGGCUACUCUGUUAAAAUGAAAAUGAAGUAUUAUGCCGACUACAUGGAAACGACGAAAGAUGAUAGCCCUCUUUACAUUUUUGAUAGCAGCUACGGGGAACACCCUAAAAGGAAGAAACUGUUAGAGGAUUAUGAAGUGCCAAAAUAUUUUAAGGAUGAUUUAUUCCAGUUUGCAGGGGAAAAGCGGAGACCUCCAUACAGAUGGUUUGUCAUGGGCCCACCAAGAUCUGGGACUGGAGUCCAUAUUGAUCCUUUAGGAACAAGUGCGUGGAAUGCUCUAGUUCAAGGCCACAAGCGUUGGUGUUUGUUUCCUACAAAUACACCUCGUGAACUUAUCAAGAUUACCAGGGAAGAAGGUGGAAAUCAACAAGAUGAGGCCAUCACAUGGUUUGUCAUUGUCUACCCUCGCACACAACAUCCAACCUGGCCUCAGGAGUUUAAACCCUUAGAAAUCCUUCAGAAGCCCGGAGAGACUGUCUUUGUGCCAGGUGGAUGGUGGCAUGUAGUACUCAAUAUGGAUCACACUAUUGCUGUUACUCAGAACUUUGCCAGUGCAACCAACUUUCCUGUUGUAUGGCAUAAAACGGUUAGGGGACGUCCUAAACUAUCCAGAAAGUGGUACAGGAUUUUGAAGCAAGAACGCCCAGAGCUUGCUGUAGCAGCAGAUUUGGUUGACCUGCAAGAGUCCACGGGUAUUGCCUCAGACAGUUCAAGUGAUUCCUCCAGUUCGUCUAGUUCUAGUUCCUCAGACUCUGAUUCAGAGUGUGACUCUGGUGCUGAAGGAGAUGGAAUGACGCACAGAAGGAAGAAAAGAAGAACCUGCAGUAUGAUGGAAGAUGGCAGUUCUCAAUCUCGUGAUGAUUGUGUGAGCAAAGAACGCAGCUCAUCCAGGUGACAAGAAGCACUGGAAGAUACCGGCAUUGCAUCGUAAAAUAAAUUAAAAAUAAAGCUGCAGUAGAAGAUGAAAAAUAAUUGCCAGUUUAAGACUCCAUUUUAAGUUCUGAAAUAUUUCAGUUGUCAGUAGAUAUCCUUUAUUUGCCUCCUUAGUAGUAAUUGUAAAUCCAGACAGAAGUCUGUCAUGGAUAGCCAUUUAAGAACACACAAUGUUAAGUAAUUAAUUUUUUUUAGUUCAAAUUACCUGGUGUUGGAAAGAUAUUUUUAUAAAUUCCUCCCUAAAUUAACAAUAAUACUGAGCUGAACACAAGUUAUUAGUCAGUGUUGAUGGUCCAGAUAUAUUCGAUACUCUUUAUAACUGUUGAUCAAUAUUUCUGUUCAGGUCCUGCUUGAACUAAAUAAAGCUGAACACUGAAUAAA